AUGGCUGAAAUUCACACACAAACUCCAACAAUCAGUCCUACACCAAGCAAACCAUGUAACAAUCCUCCACAACAACAUAGUCUCAACUCAAUGGUUCUUAUAGCAGCUAUAGUAUGUGCUUUACUAUGUGCUCUUGGCCUCAACACAAUGCUACAAUGUGUGUUCCAAUGCGCGAACCGUGUUCUUACCGAACCUCUUCAAUGGAUCGCUUCUCGAAGGCGCAAUUCCGGACUCAAGAAGAAAGAUAGAGUUGCUUUGCCAACAUCAGUUUAUAAUACUCAUUCAGGUGGAUCAACUCCUCAAACUUUGGAUUCUAAUUGUGCUAUUUGCUUAGCUGAGUUUUGUGAUGGUGAUAAUAUGAAGAUGUUACCAAAGUGUAAUCAUCGUUUUCAUGUUGUUUGUAUUGAUAAGUGGUUGCUUUCUCAUUCUUCUUGUCCUACUUGUAGGAACUUGAUCAAGUCUCAUGAUUCUGUUCACUGCUUAAGCAUUGUUAUAUCAUAG